AAAACGUACAGUAUUCAAGGUAGCACUAGAACUACAACCAAGUCGAAAACGGAGCCGAUUUGACUUUAGACCGCCCACGAGCUCAACGAUUGGCUCUGCUGUGGUGUUGCUGCGGUGUGAUUGGCCAGCCUUGCUGUCAGUCCAUGGGCGCCGGACAAUUGCAUACAGUGAAUCCGUGGAAAAGAAUAUCGGACAACACCACUAGUCGGCCUGUAUUGUGUCAAACGGAUUACUAAGGGGGCUAGCGUGGCUUGCAGAGUAUGCAUCCUGUGCUUGGUGAUGACUUCUCCACUGUCUGGAGGUCCUCCUUCCUGGGAUGGAACAGGACACGAGUACACGCAGCACGAUGCUCCUCACCGGCAAAGCUGGACCUCAGCGACCUGGUGUUGGUCCCACCUCGUAUGAAGCUAGCAUGAGCAUGACCUGAUGAAGCCUGCUCGGAUGAGAGGCCAAACAUCUGUGUGAGCCAAGCGUCCGUGGAUCCUUCCCGGCGUGACGGUGGCGUGCUGUGGGAUGGUGGGAUCUUUGGAGUGGAGCGCCAUCAGAGGUGCCAGGCGUGCGGGCGUGAUGCUCGCCCACAUGAACCCCAGGCCGGGAGACGCAAUGAUGCAUGCCGCCAGGCCUGCUGCCUGAAGGAGAAAUCUCCUCACUCCUCCUCCUCGUCAAGUCUCGUGGCACCCCGAGUAAAAAGUGUUUUCCCUGCAAGGAUAGCGAAAAGGAGAAUUGAAGCCAGCUCCCAUUGACGACGCUAGAUGGGCACCUGAAUGCACCAGGACGGCCGAGCAGGUGUCAGAGUUUGAUGUCCAACUACCAAUGUGGCUUCUAAACUGAUCGGCUACAACAAUGCGGUGGAGGCCGGCACAGACUCGGACGACGAGGACAAGUUGCACAUCGUGGAGGAGGAGGGCAGCCUGGCGGACUGCGACAGCACCCCGCCAGACGAAGAGCACCCCGGGGAGCCCUGGGACCGAGUGAAGGAAGAUUGCGUAUCAGACGGCGAGGACGAUGCCAGCACAGACGCCCUGGUGGAGGAGAUGCUUCAGCAAGGCGACACGGCCGUCAUUUACCCCGAGGCCCCGGAGGACGAGCUGCAACGCCACGGCACUCCCGACGCCAGCGUUCCCGAUGAAAACGGAACGCCCGACUCCUUCUCGCAGCUCCUCACCUGUCCCUACUGCGCACGCGGCUACAAGCGCUACAGCUCCCUGAAGGAGCACAUCAAGUACCGGCACGAGAAGACGGAGGAAUGCUUCAGCUGCCCCGAGUGCAGCUACACCUUUGCACAUCGCGCACAACUGGAGAGACACAUGACGGCCCACAAGCCGGGAAGGGAUCAGCGCCACAUCACGCAGACGGGAGGCAAUCGCAAGUUCAAGUGCACCGAAUGCGGCAAAGCCUUUAAGUACAAGCACCAUCUGAAGGAGCACCUACGCAUCCACAGCGGAGAGAAACCCUACGAGUGCUCCAACUGCAAGAAGCGCUUCUCCCACUCGGGCUCGUACAGCUCGCACAUCAGCAGCAAGAAGUGCAUCAGUCUCAUCUCGGUCAACGGCAGACCGCGUCUGAGCAACAGCAAAGGCCAGGGCCAGGCUCCGCCCCCCAUCCUUCCCACCUCGCCGUCCGUCCUCCGCGCCCAAAUCCGCGAGAAGCUGGAACACAGCAAGCCGCUGCAGGAGCAGCUGCCCCUCAACCAGAUCAAGAGCGAGCCGCCCGACUACGAGUACAAGGCGGCGGUGAUGACGUCCCCCGCCGUGGCUGCCGUGAACGGCGGGAUGUACAACGGGGGGGCCGGCGCCCCCCUGCAGGGCACCGUGCAGGCCGUGGUCCUGCCCACCGUGGGGCUGAUGUCUCCCAUCAGCAUCAACAUCGCCGACCUGCAGAACGCCCUCAAAGUGGCCGUGGACGGAAGCGUGAUUCGCCAGGUCCUGGAGAGCAACGCCAAAGGCCAGCCGGGUCAGGCCGCCCUGGGGCUAACCACUGGAACCAUCCACCCCUCCCAGCAGCAGCUCAUCUCGGCCAUCAGCUUGCCCAUCGUGGGUCAGGAUGGGAAUGCGAAAAUCAUCAUCAACUACAACUUGGAGCCCAACCAGGGCCAGCUCACGGCCCAAAACCUGAAGAAGGAGUCUGAGCCAUUCUCCGGUCAGCCGAGCACCGAGGCCUUCAAGUGUCAGAAGCUCCCUGAAGAUCUGACCAUCAAGGGCGUGAGGGCCGCUGAAAUGAAAGAAGAGGAUAAAACCACUAAGACUUGUCUCCUAUGCGACAGCUGUCCCGCCGGAGACGUGGCGCUGGAGGCGCUCCAUGCCCUCAAGCACUGCAAGAAGGAGGCGCUCAGGCUGAAUGGAGGAGAGUCUGCCGUCGCUGCCCUGCUGUCAGAGGGGGGCUUUUGCGACCAGCCCAAGAACCUUCUGUCCCUGCUGAAGGCCUACUUUGCCCUCAACGCCGAGCCCACCAAGGACGAGCUGGCCAAGAUCUCCGACUCGGUCAGCCUGCCCGUCCACGUGGUCAAAAGGUGGUUUGACAAAAUGCAGGAGGGUCAGAUAUCGCUCGGCGCACCGACGCCUCCUUCGGAGGAAGACGAAGCCUAUGAUACCGGCCGUGUGGUGUCUCCGGUCCAGGGGAAAGGUCUGAACUCGGCGAGUCCUUCUGCGACUCGUGACAGUCCCACUGAAGCUUCCCCGGCGGAGCUCAACGGCCCCCACGGCGCCCCGGCCUCCCCUUUGCCACUAAGCCUGAAAGGCCUUGAAGACCGGCCCCCUCAGAUCCCCGACGCGCCCCUGGACCUGUCGCUGCCAAAGCCCGACAAGGAGGAAACGGGGACCGCGGGUGUCAAAGCCGGCACCCACCCCCCCCUUUUCUCUGUCCGCACCAAUCAGGAGGAACCUCUGAACUUAACUUGCACAAAGAAAGACGCAUCGCCACUCUCGUCCCUGGGCGCCAGCCCUGUUGCACUGUACGCCGCCCCCCCGAGUGCCAACCCCCUCAAUAUCGUGACCGCCCAGCUCCCCGCGCUGGUGGCCAUCGCCGACCAGGGCCGUAUGCAAUGUCUGAGGGCCCUGACCGCCGCCAACAAGCAGACCAUCCUCAUCCCUCAGCUGGCGUACACCUACACCACUAGCGCCGGCAGUCCCGCCGGGGCCGACGCCCACGAGACCAUCCACCUCAACGGUAUCAAGGAAGAGAAGCAGGACGCCGGCUUGGAGGGCAUGGAGGGCACGGAGGGCACGGAGGAGCACAACGACUCGGACUCGGGCCCUCUGAGGAAGAAGAUGAAGAAGACGGAGGGCGGCUUGUACGCCUGCGACCUCUGUGACAAGAUCUUCCAGAAGAGCAGCUCGCUGCUCAGACACAAAUACGAACACACAGGGAAGCGACCACACGAGUGCAGCAUCUGCACCAAGGCGUUCAAACACAAGCACCACCUCAUCGAACACAUGCGCCUCCACUCGGGGGAGAAGCCCUACCAGUGCGACAAGUGCGGGAAACGCUUCUCCCACUCGGGCUCCUACUCGCAGCACAUGAACCACCGCUACUCCUACUGCAAGAAGGAGUCUCCCAGCCAAGGGCGGGGCCGGGACAGUCCCGAGGGGGACAUCCCGGGCCCGGCGCCGGACUCCCGCCUGGUGGCCUUCCAGGUGGACUCGGACGAGCGAGGGAGCAGCGCGAGGGAGGACGAAGAAAGCGAGGAGUUUGAGGAGGAGUUUGAGGAGGAGGAGGAGGACGGGGCGGUCGACGUGAAGGACAUCCAGGUGGUGCAGGUGGGGGAGGAAGACGAGGCGGAGAACACGGGAGACGCGGAGGAGGAAGACGGGAGGCGGGAGGAGACGGAGGUGACGGGAGGCGCCGCGGGAGAGAGAAAGACGUGCGAAGACGAGGACGAAGGAGACUAAAGGAGGGGCGGACCCCGACGCGUAGAAACCCAGGUGUGCCUGAAAAAACGCUUUUCCGCAGGAAAGGCGUGUGUACAAAGGAGAAGGCGAGGAGGAAGGAAGGAAAGUUUAUUUUCUGACUAAAAGGCUUUGUUUUUAUCAGUGUUACUAAUUUGACCACUCUUGUUUGAACCCGGGCGCUGAAGACGCUUUUAUUGCCAAGCCACCCAAGCAGUAUUGAUGAACAAAUGAUGAACAAAUGAUGAACAAAUGAUGAACAAAUGAUGAACAAACGAUGAACAAACGAUGAAGAAAAGAUGAAGAAAUGCACUAGAAGAAUCCAACUUUUCUACCCUUCAGUAUUCUUCUUCUCUGCUGCGCUGGUGUCGAUCGGCAGCCUUAGGAAUCAAAACAUCGGAGAGAUGACGGGUCUUUGCAGCCAUUUCCUGUUUGCCUUUGACAUUUCAGGACGGAUGCUCAUUGGCUAGCUUGCUGUUUAGCUGAUUAGCAUGUACGCCGCUGGAUGAGGAAGGAACCAAAAUCACAAAACACUUUUAUUCUCUUCUCUCUCAAACUAUUUUCUCUACUCGGAAUUUGAAACUUUUUACAGUUUUUUCUCGCAUUUUACACUUUUAUUCAUGCAAUGUUGCUUUUCUGUGGCAAGAAGAGUUUUAUUGUAACCAUGGAAGCAAAGUGGUGACAUAUUUGCUUAGCAUGCACGUGCUGGGCCAGGGAAGGUACUUUGGUGGGACCUUACUGGCUGGCGCUUCAACCGAUGGAGUCUUUGUUCAUGAACAAAUCAUAAGCUCACACACACACACACACACACACACACACACACAGCGACACAUUCAAUAGCAAAAAGUAUCCAAAAUAAAGAGGAAGGCAAGGCGGCACAGCCAUCCUUCUACCGCUUAUCUGAGGUCGGGGGUCGCGGGGGCAGCAGCCCUAAGCAGCUGAUCCCGAGGAGUUCUCAGGCCAGGGUCCUGGGUCUUCCCCGAGGCCUCCUACCGAGGCGGCACCCACGAGGCAGAUCUACAGGUCCCCGUGGGGGGUGGAAACAGGAACAUGCAUGGACCCCAAAAGCCGCACACAAAAUGCUCGUGAACUCAUGAAUGGCCGCUCCAAGGCCGGCAUGACCAACAUUACAACAAAAUAAAAGCACCCAACAGAAUAGGAAUAGACCACUUCCAGCGCUCCCGACCCAAGCCUGCGGUCUCCAUCGUAUCGUCAUGACGAUGAUGAUGUGUGGCUCUCAUCACAGCUUGACGGUGUGUUCGAGGUCGCUGUGUGGCUUUUCUCCAAAGCGGCCGAUAGAGCGAAUGGGCAUCUUCCACAAAUGUCAAAGAAUUAGAUUUUUAUUCUUCUAUAGAGGACCCACCCCCCGGCCCCCACCUUCCGAGCCUUAUGCAAAAAAGGAGAGAAAAAGUGCCAUUGAAUAUAGCUGUGCAGCGCUAGCAGCCAGGAUCCCAGGUCAGCCAGUCACCAGUAGAAUCUAGUAGAGCAUAUUCUAUGCUGGACUUAACGUUGUACGUACGACUCUUGGAAGGUGGUUGUGUUGCUUUUUACACAAUCACUCACGUGUCUUCAGGUAACAACACAACCUGUCAGUGUUAUCUUGUAUUGCUCUCUUCCUGUGUGUGUGUGUGUGUGUGUGUGUGUGUGUGUGUGUGCGCGUGUGUGUAUGUGUGUGUACUGUAUGUUAUGCAGCAGUUGCAGUAUUACCCCCACCCCCCCCCCCCUCCCCCACCCCCAAAAAAGAGAUGGGUAUGUCUGUUAGGUCAUCGCCAACUUUUCUAUUUAUGUGUCUUAUUUUUUACAUUUCUUGAUGCUUUAUUUAUUUCAUGGUGUAGUGUACAAGACUGUAGUUUGUAUUAAUACGAUAAUAUAUUUUAGUAUGGGGAAAAGAUUUUUCUAAACAAAAGCACCCAUGCAAGCGUGACAAUUAGGAAGCUGUGACUUGUUAGCAUCCGCCCUCACCUUGCUGGAGUUUCCCGUGUAGGAAGAAGCCACUGAAGCAACCUGAUGUCUGCUCAUCAAAUAACAUGUUAAGCAUGAAUGUGUCGUAUUCCAGGUCAGCCCUAACCACCCAAAGACAGGAGGAGAGUCCAUUCCUUUUCUUUCCGCGUCCUUGCCAAGACCACGCCCACUUUUAUAUCUUAACACCGUUAGCUCUUUCUUUGCCUUUUUCUUGUUUUUUUUAUGUCUCCCCCCCCCAUCUCACAAUAAAAGACACCAAAUACCA